AUGCACAUCGUCAAAGCGUUCGCGACCGGCCUCCUCCUUCUCGCCAACCAUGCCGGCGUCCUCGCUCAGGACCCGGGUGCCGGCGCACCCGAUAACUCCAAUCCCCUAGCCAUCUACCCACCAUGUGCUCAAAACUGCAUCAUCACCGCUUUCACAAACCACACCUUCUGCUCCUCCCCCCUAGACCAAGAAUGCACCUGCACCUCCCCCGACUUCAACGGCUUCAUGCACGAGUGCAUCUUGGCCACCUGCACCAUCCGCGAAGCCCUCUUCACCCACAACAUCUCCUCCACCACCUGCCAAGUCCCCGUCUUUGACCGCUCCCCGGAAAUCAUCCGUGAGACCGCUGCCAUGCUCAUCACCAUUUGCCUCCUCGUCGCCGCAAGAAUAGGUUACAAGAUCUACUACGCCGAAGGGGACAGGUUCAUGUUUUCCCGGCCAAAGGCGCAUACCACUUCCCAGAACGGGCUCUGGUGGGACGACUACGCGCUGGUUUUCCUGCUCCUGUGCGGUGGGAUACCAGCCAUGGUGUUGACCAUCUUCUUUUUGGCGCCGAAUGGCCUGGGGAAGGAUAUGUGGGCUGUCCCGUUUGAGGACAUUGACAAGCUUUUCAAAUUCAGCUUUGUUUCCGGGGUGUUGUAUCUACCUCAGGUGGCGGCCUUGAAGCUGACGUUUUUGUUCUUUUACCUGAGGAUCUUCCCCUCGCCGGGGACCAGGAGGGUGAUUUGGGGGACGAUUGUCUUUACCAGCUUGUACGGGUUGACGUUUUUCCUUUUGGCCAUCUUCCAGUGCUCGCCGAUUGAGGAUUGGUACAAGUGGGAUGGCACCGGGACGGGGAAGUGUCUGAACAAGGAUGCCAUACAGUGGAGCUGCGCGAUUAUCAGUAUUGUGCUGGAUGUGUGGAUGAUUGGGAUUCCGCUUUGGAGCAUGAGGAUUGUGAAGCUGCAUUGGAAGAAGAAGGUCGGGGUGGGGGCUAUGUUUGCUGUUGGUUUAUUGGUAACCAUCGUCUGCUGCAUCCGACUGCGGUACAUCGCCGACAUCACCAGCUCGCAAAACCCAACCCAAGAUCUCUUCAACAUCAUCCGGUGGUCCACGAUCGAAGGCUUCACCAGCUCGGUCUGCGCCUGCAUGCCCUUCAUCAGACAAGUCCUGGUGCGCAUCUUCCCCAAGGCGAUGCGCACAGGAACAACAAAGAAGUCGACCUACGCCUACAAUGUGCACAGCUUUGGAAACACCCUCAAGGGCCACGGUGUCUCUGUCAACUCCGACAUGACAGUCACUGUUAACGACCCAGGGUUAAACGGAAAGGUCUACCACAAAGACUUUCCAUAUCCCUACAACGUGCCACACUCGGAAUCCACAGCCGCGUUGGCUGAGCGUGAAGGGGCAAACAGAGAUGGGCAAGCCCAAUAUCAGGGGAGCGAUGGGACGUCCGUGAUCAUUGUUCAGGGGAACACUCCGCCGCCAUCAGGAGACAUUCCUUUGACAAAUGUUCACCGGCCUCAAAGAUAUUAA